UCGUUCGUCUUUCUAACUUUGACCAGUGUCCAACAGCACGAGGUCUGUUGUCAAGUAUAUGAUAUAUGAAUGUGACCCACUUGACGUGCAUUAAUUCGGUCCUUCAAUCAUAGCAGGCUCUAGACCAGGGACAUCCCGGGGCUCAGUUACGCGAGCUCAAGAUCGCGCGUUGUAUGUGUCAGGCCAUCGGAGACAUUGUGCUCCGCCAGUGCCUGUCGUUCCCUUGGUACACUGUUCGGUUCCAUUUUGAACCGAUGAACAAGGUAUGUGGACAUUUAGGAACAAUUUUGAACUUAAGUCCGUUGGCAUAUCUUCACUAACGAGUACUUUCAUCAAUAUUGCAGGGACCAUCCGUCACGCAUGGACGUCUACGUCCUUCCCUUGCUGUCUUUAUGCCUCGGAGAACCUGUGGUGCCGUUGGCAGCAUGAUUGGAGGCGUUCAAUGUUUGGCAUACUCCAGGGCAACAGACCUCACCUGGAACGCAGAGCGGACUUAGACUUAGUCUCGAAGCAUCGGCACAUUCUCCAUUCUAAACAAUACAAUCACCCCAAAAUGACCACCCGUACCCUGACUUUCAAAAGCUCUGACCUUGGCGAAAACGCUAACCUCGUUCUCUGCUUCGCUACCUCGGAGACCAUCGACGCUGUCCCUGGUACCCGCGUCGAUGCCAAUGGAUUGAAAGCUAAGCAAUACCCCAUUGCUUGGAAAACUGCGACACUUUCGGCCCAUGGCUACUCAUCCUUGACCACUACAUUCGUGAACUCUCCUGGCUUCUGUAGUGCUCAAAUCGGAGGACGCAGAGUUGUCACCGCUGGUAAUUAUGUGCCUAUCCAGGUUGGACAGGAAACGACGUUGAACGUGGAGACUAAUGUUCGCCCGCCGGUCUUUUACUUCUCUGAUCCUACUUCUAUUAUUGGCGAUAUCGUAAAAGCGACUAACCUCACGGGGCAAGCUGCGAACAUUGGUCUAGGCUUCAUCACUGACGCAGAGCAACCUAAUGAGACAAUGAUACCUACGAGUGUCUUCCGCAACGUCCCCAACGGGCUCUCCAUCUUAGACACAUUCACCCCCCUUUUACGCGCAUACAUUGAUAUUGGCAACUAUACCGAAGGUCAACUCAUUGACCGAGAUCUUUCCAACGUUCAACCUGUAUGGGAAGGGGACUUGUUGAGCUUGCAACCUGAGACUACGAUUGUGCUUCAAGGAUCUGUGGUCCCAGUCCAACCGAGAUUGAACUUGAACGCAACGGUCAUAAAUACGACUCAUGAUCAGGUACCACCUGUGGUGGUUCAUUUGCCAAAGGUUGAAAUUGAGCGACGCGAGAGGGUCUACACUGCGACUUUGGCCUUUGCACUCGCUGAGAAUGUUGUCCAAGGUGUCAAGUAUAUCGCCGAACAGUUGAUUAACAAGAACUAUCAAGUGAAGUUCACUUACACGGAGGGAAGCACUUUCGCAGUCUUAGUACUCACCCUUCCCUAUGGAACAAGCUGCGAUCAAGCCGAGCGAGAGUUGCUUUCUGUUAUGGAAAGCCACCUCCGCACUCCUCUCUCACCUAAGUCCAAUGGAACAUUCAACAGCGGCAUCAAUAGCACCGGCUCUAAUGGUCACGGCUUCUUCGACGGGAAUGACUCAACCUUGAGGCCUCGCAUUAGCAUCAAGGGUCGAAGCGGUUCUCAGGUUGUCAGCGCCGGAGAAAAUUUCAGUUACUGGGUUGAAAUAAACCCUGCUUCAAAUGAGUGGUUUGUUGGGGGUACUUCCGGGAACACUUAUAUCAAGCCCACCAGCCAAACUCGCAUUCGUGCCAACUCCACUCGAAGCUACCUCUCCGCCGUGAGCAGCGUUCUCGACAACGUUGCCAGCAACCUGAAUGGUCUGGGAGUCCAGGUUGGAGGAGUGCCAGUGACGAAGAAUCGACCUUUGUCGAGGAAGUCGUCUGCUAUUGGUCUCAAUACAGUCGCUGUAUACUGAAGGUCGUUUCUUGCAAGUUGCUAGGCAUAGUAUUACCACCUAUUUGCCACCGGCACCUAGAGGCUAGAAUUAUAAGAAUAUGUAUGUUGAGAGAUUCGCAUUUGUUGUACAAUUUGUUUUUGAUAAUGAAAAGCAUGGCCGCCUGGCGAAAUGGCAUCGCGUCUGACUACGAAUCAGGAGAUUGCAGGUUCGACCCCUGCGGUGGUCAUUCAGUGGAAAUUUCCUUUUGUCCCACUUUAUGCAUCCUCUUGUUGAUAUGCAUGCUUCACAAUAAUACAGUAAUGGGGAAGGUCCUUUUUCUUUUUGGUCGCCGCCUAAGGAUACAGUAGUCUCUGCAGGAACAUGUGCAAACUGCAUCUCCCCCUCGAAUAAUUACAAACGAAUAGACCAUACGCUUAGGA